CCUCGAGGUCGCUCGAGUUGAUUCCGAACGUUGUUAAGGUUCCCCCGCGCAGGGAACGCUCUUCACUUCCGCGCAGCCCACUGUAAAAUCAAAACGCGUCUGAACUGCGGGGUUCGCAUUAGGUGUCACCGCGUCUCGUUCGGCUCCUGGAGCCCUUCCACGGUGCCCUGGCCCGUGCAGUGUCGCCGCCCUGCUGUGCACGGCUGCACCUGCAGCGCUGCACACAGUACUCGGCUCGGCUCACCUGAGAAACGCAUGCCAUUGCACAUCCUGAAGGAACUGGAUGAAUAUUAUGAGAGGUUUAAGCGUGAGACGGACGGCGCGCAGAAGAGGCGAGUGUUGCACUGCAUUCAGAGGGCCCUGAUCCGCAGCCAGGAACUGGGCGAUGAGAAGAUCCAGAUUGUGAGCCAGAUGGUGGAGCUGGUUGAGAACCGGACCAGACAAGUGGACAGUCACGUGGAGCUCUUUGAGGCACAUCAGGAGAUCAACGACACCACUGGCAACAGCGGCAAGGCUGGCCAAGAUAAGUCGAAGAAUGAGACAAUCUCGCAGGCAGAAAAGCCCAAUAACAAGAGGUCUCGGCGACAGCGCAACAAUGAGAAUCGAGAGAAUGCUUCUAAUAAUCACGACCACGACGACAUCACCUCAGGAACGCCCAAGGAGAAGAAAGCGAAAACCUCCAAGAAGAAGAAACGCUCCAAGGCCAAAGCAGAGAGGGAAGCGUCCCCCACAGACCUCCCCAUCGACCCCAAUGAGCCAACGUACUGUCUGUGCAAUCAGGUCUCCUAUGGAGAAAUGAUAGGCUGCGACAACGACGAGUGUCCCAUCGAGUGGUUCCACUUCUCGUGCGUGGGACUCAACCAUAAACCCAAGGGCAAGUGGUACUGUCCCAAAUGUCGUGGGGAGAAUGAGAAAACAAUGGACAAAGCGCUGGAGAAGUCCAAAAAGGAGAGGGCGUACAACAGGUAGUUUGUGGACGUGUGUUAACAGUGAGGAGGAGAAGUAACCCAGUGUAUUUAUUACAGUGCCACCUUUGUUGAGGUGUACGGAUUGUACAGUGUAUAUUUUUAAAGAAUGUUAGAAAAGGAGCCAUUCCUUUUACAGGGAUGGCAGUGAUUCUCUUUGCCUUUUGUUUUCAUUGGUACACAUGUGUAACAAGAAAGUGGUCUGUGGAUCAACAUUUUAGAAACUGCAAAUAUAGGCGUGAAUUAAACACUGAAGUGAAUCUCA